AUGCCACAAUAUUCUUCGCCCUCCGCCAUAGCCGUUUCCGGAAUGUCCGCUAAAACGCCGCAUCCGGGCCGAGCUCCCGCGCGCAUGGCACGAAUGCCACGCACCGCGCGCCCGUCCCGCUCGCACGCAUUGGCCGCGGGACGCGUGCGAGUGGGAGGCGAGAUGCGGGACCGCGUUCGCGAACGUCAGAAAAGAGGUCGGGCGAUGAAUAGCAAUGCGGACUGCGGGACUAAUGUCCUCGCCAGACCUUUGCAGCUCCCCGUUGUGCGUAUUGUUAUUCUAAUUUGGCACUUAGCUGGCAAACAAAUAAGGGCGAUUGUCCCCAUUGUGUGUGCAGCGGGAAAUUUACGAACGAUCGCAGAAGAUUCUCGAACGAGCUUCCCGUCCGUAUACGGAUGCCCUUUGUUGUGGGAUGUUUAUACUAGCUCUGCGGUGGACUGUGCGCAAUUCCCU